UAGUUAGCAGUCCCUUCUCCAACGUUUCGUCACGGCUUGGCGUGGACGUCCUCCUUAUCUAAGAAUGAAGCUUGAGCUGCAAGCUCCUGCCCUUCUCGUUGCAGUCACGCCAUCCAUAAUAUUGCCUCUCAUUGCAGGCUUGGAGUUCUGCCCUUCUCUAGUUCUUCUAUUGUUUUUUUGAACCCCGUGUUUGAAUGAUCCCUUCUCUGUUUCAAAGGUGAAAAAUGGCAAUAUCGUUUUAUGCGUCUCUUCUUGACGCUUGCUCCUCUCCAAAGCAGUUGCAGAACCUUAAACUAAUACAUGCACGCACUAUUGUUUUAGGCAUUUCUAGCCAUGAUUUCAUUCGAAUCAAACUUGUAUCGUCCUAUGCUUCAUGCGCCCAAUUGCGGCAAGCCAAUAUCCUUUUCUCCUUUACCAACCGUCGACCCACUUUCCUCUUCAACUCCCUUAUCAGAGCUUACUCCUCUCUCAAUUUAUUCUCUAAGUCCCUCUCCAUCUUCCAUCAAAUGUUGCUUGCCCUGAAACCCUUUGAUUGCCGUACCUUACCAGCGGUCCUUAAAUCUUGUGCAGGUCUGUCCGCUCUACUGCUUGGUCGGCAAGUCCACGGAGCUGUUGUUGUCAAUGGGCUUGCCUCAGAUUUGGGCAACUCAACCGCAUUGAUAAGCAUGUAUGCCAAGUGUGGUGAUUUAGUUGGAGCACGUAAGGUGUUUGAUAGAAUGCAUCAAAGGAGUAUAGUGGCAUGGUCUGCGAUGAUGUCGGGUUAUGGAAUGCAUGGAAAAUUUGAUGAAGUAUUUGAGUUGUUUGACAGAAUGGUCGAAGAAGGGGAGAGUCCAGAUAGUAUGACUUUCAUUGCAGUUUUGACGGCGUGUAGUCAUGGGGGUUUGAUAGAGAAGGGAAAGGAAUAUUUUGAGCUGAUGCAGAGGAGGUUUGGAGUGAGGCCAGCGCUGCAACAUUAUACAUGUAUGGUAGAUAUGCUAGGGAGGAAUGGUAAGGUGGAGGAAGCAGAGAAGUUGGUUUUGAGAAUGGAGAUUGAGCCUGAUGAAGCUUUGUGGAAUGCUUUGUUAGGGGCAUGUAAACUUCAUGGCAAGGUCGAGUUGGCUGAGAGAGUGGUAGAGAAGUUUUGUGCAUAGGAAUUUAGUGUAGAGUCGUCAAUCUGAUCAUCAUCAAUUCAUUCAAUGUUUUCCUUCAUUUGCGGUCACGUCGAGCCGGUCAUGGGGCUCUUCUCACAAUUUACUGUGCUGAUAAAUAGUGUCGGCUCAGAUGAAUAAUGCUGGCUUGCAUGGGGCCUUGUGCACAUGUUUCCUUCCUUUUUUCCUCCCACACUCCGUAAUUAUCAAAUUUCCCAGUCCCUGUGUCGAAAUUGGUUGCCUUUUCAUGCUUUCCUUCCUUUUUUAAAAUUUCUUGUCAAUUGUCAUGUGCCUCAACACGCCUUCUCCCAGCCGCACUGUUGCCUGUUGUCUCUCCUUGGCUGAAGUGCCGUGCUUCUUUUUUCCGAUGGUCUCCUCCCAUUUAUGUUUCCCAAGUGUGCUUGUCCGUGUGCUCUUAAUUUGGUUUGCAUUCAUUCCUUGUGUGCUCUGUUUAUUCGUUUUUCCUUUUCCCUUCGCACAAUGCAUCUCGAUCCAUGUGCUCGCCUCUUGUGACGGAUGUGUUCUUUGAUCUCUCGUCAUUAUCCCUGACGUUGGCAUCACUUUGUUCGUCUCCAAAUGCCAAAAAUGUCGCGUCCCAGCGCAAAGGUCAUUGGGUUAGGUGGAGGAGUUGCAGGUUCUAUUGGUAUUAAUUUUACCCCUCAUGUUAUUACCUCUAAUUAUGGGGAGGUGAGCAUCUGAAACAUUUACUUACUAUAUUGAGCUUCUGUUCUGCAAUUCUAAGUUUUCUCCGUUUUUUUUUUUUUUAAGUGAGGAAAAGCAUAUCUAUAAUAUUCUUAACCCUGCAUGUCAAAUUAACCUACGUGAUCCUUCGUUUUUCUUCAUCCUCUUCAUCAUCUAAAGUAUCAUGCUAAACUGUUAUUCAUGGGCCAAAAGUCUGCAAUGCCUUUCAGCUAUGGUGAAAAAUGCUUUAUUUCAUACUUAAUUUGCUGGCACUUCAAAUACACGAAAGUUCAGUUCAUUCUGGCGGUGUUGCUCUCCCACAUCUAUGGUUUCAUUGUAUUGUUGAUUUUCUUUUCAUCCUUUCACAAGAGCAAUUUUUGUUCUCUUGCCUUUGUUCUAAGCAGAUUUGGUUUAUGGCUGAAUUUCCACACAACUUUGUUGAUUUUGAUGAGGUGAGUUAUUUAGUUGCUUAACCAUGAAAACAUUGUGAUAGAGCUCAUGAUUUUACUAAGACCUAUAAGAGGAAAUCAAGGAAGGCAAGAGGUUAAAAGAUAACAUUAUUGUUGGUUCAAAUGUUUGCCCUUCGGAUCCUAGUUAUGAGGGGAAAAAGGAAAGUAAUUGAUGGCCUAGUGAUGUGCUAGAGUCCCAGUGAUGGUUAAGGGUCUUCUAGGGGUAAGGGCUGUGCUAGAGUCACUUUUUGGGUCUUUAAAUCUUCCUCCUUGCCUAGAGAGAGGGGGGGAUUAUUUUGAAUAUUGAGAGCGGUGAGGAGAGCUCUGGCCUCUCGAAUGCCAGGUUAGGGGUGGAGGAAGUCGUCUUUCUUCAUCAUUUUAUCUUCUGCUUAGUGUAUGUUUGUAAGUGAGUGACUUAUAUUUUGUGAUUGUUGUUUGGUGGAGUGUAUUUUGUGCUGUUUCUGUUUCAGUACACUGUAAUUUUCAGUUCCUUAUUUCGCUGUAAUCCAACUUUGCUAUUCGGUAAUUGUAAUUUUCAGUCCCCAUUUUUGGUGUAGUUUCUGGUUUAUGCUUGUUUAAAGCUUAUUAGAAUAGAGGGUUCCAUCACAUUGUGCCUGUUUUACGUAGCUUUUGCUAGUCAUGCGCAAAUAUUAUUGCUCUUACUCAUACCUAUGGCUUCUGCUGCAUUAAACACUUUCUUUUAAUCUAUUUUUAACUUAAUUGGUAAGGUUGUAAUCAUCAUAGGCUAAGGCUGUAGUAAUUGAUGAAUUGCCAGUGUCACAUCAAUUUCCUCUUUGUUGUUCUCUCUCUAAUCUAUACAACAGUUUUAAUUUGCAUUGACACUGUUGGUUUAUUUUUUCUUUCCAGAACCAUUCUGGAUUCCAAUGAGCUGAUUCUCUUUUAUCAGUAGGUUUUGCCGUUCUUUCUUUCAAAGAUUUGGUUUUUUUUAGUUCUAAACGAGCAUCACUAUUAUGUCUUAAUCAUUUGUGGGUAUUUGUUGAUGCUUACAACUUUCUGUUCAUAUUUCCAUUGACAAAGAUGCCACCACAGACUGUGUCCUUUUUUCCCUUCUGCAUAGUUUUCUUCGUAAAUGUAAUUUUGAUGAAGAGGUUUAAUAUGUGGUGGUUGGCACGGUAUCUCACUAGUUGUUCUGGUUCCCAUCAUCACUGGCUUGCAAUUUGGUGUAGAUAAAGUCUCCGGAGCUCAUUACCUCCUGUGUUGAUAAUGUUCUCUUUUUCUUCUUUUUAAAAUGCUGAAAACUCUGGCUUCUUAGGUACAUCAAGGAUUAUAUAUUUACACGUGAGACUGUGCGUUGGCAUUUGCAUCAACAAGGACACUAGGAUUUCACUCUAUUGGUGUUUAUCAAUCUCUAAGCUAAUGAAGAAUGAAGGUUUGCCAGGAUUAUAUAAAGGAAAUGGAGCAAGCGUCAUUUGGAUUAUUAAUUAUGCUGCCUUGCAUUUUACGACAUGACAAGUAUUGGAUCUUGCAGAAUUGUCCAAUGUUAGGAUCAGGUGCUGUUAUUGAUCUCUUAGCUGGAUCUGCAGCUGGAGGCACUUCAGUUUUAUGUACAUAUCCUUUGGACCUUGCUCAGGAAAAACUUGCUUUUCAGUGGGGAAAAAAAGAGGUGACAGAGGAAGACAUUUGUGGUAACUUCCAAAGUAGACCAGCAGAGAACUUAUCAUGGUGUCCGGUGUUUGUGGAACACUUAAAGCAUGCCUGGAUAGACUUCGGUAAAAUUUAGCUUGAUAAGAAAUUGAUCAGAAAGGACGCGGAUGAUAUUUAUGGUUUAAAUAUAUAUGCCCUUUGGUUUAUCUCAUAAAAGGUGACACAGUUAACUAUGAGUAGCAAUACAUUCAAUAACAUGUUAAAGAAUGUUGGCUUAAAGAUUCAUUCAUAUUUAGGACAUUUUAUUAGUAAAUUUGUUUCAACUUAAGCCUCUUGAA